AUGAUUAUUGACGGCAAGGCCGUGGCGCAACAGGUGCGGGAUGAGGUGCGGAUGGAGACCGAGCGGCUCCGAAACGACCAUGGCGUGGUUCCCGGGCUCGGAGUGGUGCUGGUGGGGGACCAUCCGGCGUCCCGGAUUUACGUCCGGAACAAGGAGAAGGCGUGCGCGGAGGUGGGUAUCCGGUCGGUGGAGCACGUUCUUCCCGCGUCGGUGUCCGAGCACGAGCUCAUGGGGGUCAUCGGCGGUCUCAACGAGGAUACGUCCAUCCACGGUAUUCUCGUGCAACUGCCGCUGCCCGGCCAUAUCCCUUCGGAUCGGGUGCUCGAAACCGUGUCUCCGGAAAAGGACGUGGACGGUUUUCAUCCAGUGAACCAGGGGCUGCUCCUGUCGGGCGGAACGGGCUUCAAGCCCUGUACUCCCCUGGGAAUCAUGAGAAUGUUGGAUUCCGUAGGUUGCGAUCUCAAGGGGAAGAACGCCGUGGUGGUGGGCCGCAGCAACAUCGUCGGCAAGCCGGUGGCGCUCAUGCUGCUGGCACGGCACGCCACCGUGACGCUGUGUCACUCACGGACCGCGGACCUUGGCCGGGAGGUGGCGCGGGCGGACGUGGUGGUGGCGGCGGUGGGCAAGGCCGGCGCCGUUCGAGGGGAAUGGAUCAAGCCCGGCGCGGUGGUCAUCGACGUCGGCAUCAACCGCCUGCCCACGGGAAAGCUCGCGGGGGACGUGGAGUUCGACACCGCCCGGGAGCGUGCGUCGUGGAUUUCGCCGGUGCCGGGGGGCGUCGGACCCAUGACGAUUUGCAUGCUGCUGUCCAAUACGCUGUUGUCGGCGCAACGAUCCGUGUAG